CCAAAAACUAUGCUGUACUGUAGUAAUGCUGUGUUCCUUACCUUUCAAGUGGAAGCCCACUAUUCCCAUCUUUAGCAUAAAGCUACCCUUAAUUAUUUGUCCCCUUUCUUUUUCUUUCUCCUUGCUCUAAAGUUGAAACCAACCACCCAAAUACCCCCUAAAACAAACAAAUUUUCAGUUUUCAGAUUUUUAUUUUUUUCUUAAAAAAAAAAAGUAUUUUUUGGGUGUUUUUGUCUUGUUUUAUUCUGUUUUUAAUUAGAUUUCUAAACUUUACUCUUAUUUUUUUCUUUCUUAAUCUCUUAUUUUGAAGAAAAAUUAUGAAAAAUAUGAAGAGGGUGUUCUUGUAUUUGGGGAUGAGUUCAUGUGUUUCUACCAAAACUACUGAAUCUCCUUCUAAUUUUACCUUGGAAAAAGCACUCAAUUCUGUUCAAUCCCCUGUUUGGGAACCUGCUGGUAGUAAAGAGGAGACCUUUUAUGAUUCAAAGCCUUGGCUAGAUUCAGAUGAUGAACAAGAUUUCUUCAGUAUCAAUAGUGAUACGCCUCCGUAUAAGCUAACAAACAAGAACGAAGAUCAACACCAAGGAAGAAGGCUGUCCGAGCUAUUCAAGGACAGCAGCUUCAGCAGGGACAGCCUAACAAGUGCAAAGGCACAAGCAGCAAGUGAAGAAGGAAAAGAGACACCAACAACUUCAAGUAAAAGUACUCCUAAUAAUAAGAUGGAGAAAGAUAAAAAAUCUGGGGGUAAAUCUGUUAAGCAUUGUUUACCAAGUUUAGUUAGAAGUUUAAGUUGUGGUGAUCGCAAAAAGAGGCCAAAUCCUGCUCAUAUUGCUGUUGCAGGCUGAUGAUACAUAAACACAACACACAAACAUAGUUUGUCUUGAUAAUUUAUAUAUGUAUGGCUUUGUAAAGAGAGUGAUAAAUAUUUAUCAAAGUAAUUGAUAAGAGUGCUUUGCUUCUAAUA